CGAGAUCCCAAACCCGGGGACAAGCCAAAGCAAGCCCUCGGCCACAAACAGCGUCGCUUUAACGGAGGAAGGAAGAUAAGGCUCACUGCCGUUCACGAGAUCGCUGCUGGGAUCUCUGUCGAGGGGCUCUCGGGGUUUGGGCGAAGGGGGAGGAAGUGGAUUUUUGGCGAAUUGAAAGUCCAGAAGCGCGAACUACGCAGCGAUCAGCUGCAAACGAGAGAAGGCAGCGGCGGCGGUCAGCUCGGCGAGAAGAGAAGUGCUGUUCAGAUUGCAUGUACUGUAAUGACGGAUCGAGGUCGCUCGCUCCUUAAAUACCAAUAAACAAUUGAUGCAGCCCAUGGCUCGCACAGACUCGCAGCAGAGGCGGGCUUUUACAAUGGAUCAACAAGACGCGGCGAGAUAGAGAUACGGGGCGUCGCUUCUUCAGCAGCACAGCUCUUGCCACACUCGUUUCUCAUCCGGCGGGACGCAACUCUGCCGCUAUUGCGCGUUGCGAGAAGAGAAGCGCGCCUUGCCCAGUUUUCUUUUCAAGUUCGAGCCGCUUCGGAUGUACGCUGCGCGUGGACUCCGAGAAGCAGCGGCAAGGAGUGGUGGUGCUGGUGCUGGUGGUGCUGUUUGGUGGAGGAGGCGAGGAGAGAGGCAAGGACCGGUGGCGGUGCUGGCGAGAAGAGAUUUUCCUGCGGUCCACUUCUUCGCCGCCUGAGAGGCAGCGGCAGGCACACUUAGGAGCGCCGUGAUGAUCGUUCCCGGAGUCGCUCCGGGCGCCGCGCAAUGUGGUGCCGCGUUGCUGCGAAUCCAUCUGCCCGUACUGCUGCUGCUGCUCCUGAACGGCUUAUUAGAAGCUGCCAAAGUCUCUUCGGAUUCCAGUCGAACGUCCACCAAUUCCGUGUUUAACUAUGAACUUUUAAAUGCGGAGACCUCCUUCUUUCUUAAGCAAACGAACGAAGACGUUGAGAUCGACCCCACGACAUUGCAAGUGCACGUCCAACCCUUCUUUGUCUUCAGUACCAGCAUGCAACCUAUCUUCAACGUCACCUACGGACCUUUCUCUACCUGGAAGCCAGUACCUAUGUCUAUGCAGGGACUCAGAAACCCAUCACAGCAGCAGAGUUUAUCUGAUCUGAAUACCAACUGGAAGCUCAAGUCCUUUCUUACGGAGAACAUUAUUUUCUCAAACAGGCCAAUCAUUCAGGUUUUAUUUUGUCUUCUGGGGCGAGACUGGGAUAAAAACAGCGCUUCUGAAAAGAUGCCGUGUGUUGACCUGCACGUUUUCUUUGGAGCCCAGGAGCUGAGGACAUCCUGCCAGUUGAAAGGAAAGUUGGGAAUGUGUUUAGGAGAGAUCGAUUUACCAUCCAGCUGGUUUUUGCCAGAUGAUAUGACCUCCAAUGGAGAUUCUCCCGAGUCGCUGCCUGUGGAUUUGUACUACGCCCUGAGGAGCCCCGAGGAGUCUGGAAAUUGUGCACCUGCGGGUAGCCAAGGGCUCACAUAUGUCCACGUUCUCGGCAAGGAAGAAACCCGGACAGAUCUACAAUGGGUUGGAAGUGUACAGCUGCUGCAAACUCCAAAGUCACCACCUCGCCAUGAGGUCAGGUUGGAUGACAAUGUAGUGAUCUACCUGCCAGCCAGAUCUAUCAGACAUGGGGAGAUUAUACGCAUUCCUGUGGGGCUCCUGAAAAAUUCCAGCGUGGAACACUUUGCCCUAAGGGUGAAAGGCAAGAAAGGCGUGAACCUCCUGGAAAUUCACCCCAGCAAUCCAGAAGUGUGGGCAGUCAACAAGGAGAUUAACAGUGGAGCCAAGCACACAACGAUCCUGGUGGAAGUCAGCAAGAUGCCCUCUCCACCUGCGGCUAGCGCCAACGGAGAGACGAGCAGCACGGAGGUCCUGCAGCUGGAGUUCGAGCUGGAGAACAUCACCAGCCAGACGGUGACGCGGCGCAUCCUGUGGCACGUGGCCUACGAUGGGCAGAGCGCGCCCUCCGAGCAUGAGCGCAUCACCAGUGAGCUGACUGUCAGCCAGCACGACAUCGUCGGCUUGGUGGCCAUAGCUCCGGCGGAGGAGCUGCUCAACACGGCGGUGCUGACGGGCCGCACCGUGGCGCUGCCGCUGCGAGUGCUCGUCGUGGAGGAGAGCGGCCUCGUGACCGACGUCUCCGAGGAGGCGCAGUGCUACUCGCUCGACGAGGACGUCCUCAAGGUGUCAGCAGGCUGCGAGUACGUGUACGUCAAUGGCAAGGAGAGACAGGGCUCCACGCGGGCUCGCGUUCACGUCAGCUACGAGCACAUGCGCGCCUCCCUGGAUCUGACCGUCUGGAUGCCCAAGCUGCCCCUGCAAAUACAGAUCUCUGACAACAUACUCAACCCCAUCAAUGGAUGGCAGACACUCGGACCCUCCACAGGAAGGAAACCUCCGGACAAGAAUUGCCUCCCGCAGUACCAACACGCGGCGCUGCGCGUGUACACGCGGUUCUUCUCCGAUGCCCCCGAGGAGGGCAAUCGAGUCGCCUACCUCGCGGGUACCGGCUGGACGCUCGACGUGACGGCGCUGGUCCGGGAGAACGUCAUCGUGAAGGACCAGAAAGUGGCCAGCAUCAUUGAAGGCGACGUUCUCAUCGGAACGGCGCCCGGUUCUACCAUGCUGCAGGUGCUGUCCCCGCUGUCAGACUCGAUCCUGGGGGAGCGCGCGGUGACGGUGAGCGAGGAGAAGGUCUCCGUGAGCGGGCUGCACGUGACGCUGCUCUCGGGCCUCUCCCUGUCGCUGCGGCCCAGCAGCAGCGAGCCGAGCGUCAUCGUCGCCCGCACCACGGGGCUCAGCAUCUUCACGGCCAGCAAGCAGAAAGGAACGCUGCGUGCUUGGAUACAAUUCAGUGAUGGCACCACAUCGCCUCUCCACUUUUACCAGCCCAAGGAUUACAACAUCGUCGUUAGCACAUUGCAGAAACAUAUCCUGUCCAUUGACGUGAAUCCCCACUCACCGAUGCCAAUGAUAAUAGCGGAAGGCGAGGGUAAUGGGAGAAUAAAAGUGGAACUAAAAAAUGCGCACGUGUGCCAGAAUUCCGUGGAGCCAAGUACAUUGAUAACAUCUGCAAUAUUCGUACCGGUCAACUUUAUCGAUCUGGGAGGCCAGCCGUUGGAAAACGACGCACAACCUAGCACCUCAUCCAACACUGACAUUGGAAGGACACACCCUGGCCAGUGGGACAAUGGUAACGAUGGAUCUCAGGACAGAAGAGGCUCUGAAGACAAUGAGAGACCUGCGGACAACCGGAACGUCCCUGACACAAGUCCUUCGGGAAACAAAGACCUCGAGGAACAGCUGUCACAAAAGCCCCGUCGCCUAUCUGACCUGCAAAUAGGAAUGUACACUUUGUUGAGUGUAUUCUGCCUGGCCAUACUGAUGUUCCUGGUGAACUGCUUGUUCUACGCAGUACAGUACAGGAAAAGGCACACGCGGAGGGGACAGCAGGAGGAGAUGGCCCAUUCUCACGAAUGGGUCUCCCUCAAAAAUUCAAGCAGCACAAUUAGUGCAAGGGCCUUAGACGCCAAGGAGCCGUAUCCUGCCACCGUCAAUCACAUCGUCGACGACGGAGGCUUCGGGAGUGGCAGCAGCCCAAAGAUUUACAUCCAAACGCAUCGACACAGGCACGCGCUCGAAGCGCCUCCGCAGUCAGAAGAGUCGCACCGCAAGUUCGAUCUGUCCACGUCGCCCACGUCGCAGAGGAAAAAGGUGACAUUUGCCACCUUCACGACGUCCAGCCCUUGCGAAAUCCUCCGGCACCACAGCUGCAGUGGACUGGUCGGCGAAAAUGAGGCGAUCACGUCAUUUAUAUCCAACGCAGAAAUAAUGGGAGAAGUAAAAACAGUGACAGAUUUUGCACAGAGAAGAGAAUGAACAAUACGGCAGUGCUACUGAUUGAAGAAACAACCUAUAAAUAUAUAUAUAUGUGUAUAUAUAUAUAUGAUUUCCGUAGCACUGGUCUACGACUGUCCCAGCAUAAUUUUCUUUCUAUUGCAUACUGUACCUGUUAGCUGGCAAUCUAAUGGUGUCUGUAAAUGUUUGUAUACUUUGGAGAAAACAGUCUUUUAUAAAUGCAAAUACACAAUUAUUAUUAUUAGAAUUGUUGUGGAGAAUGUCAGUAGUGAAAUGGAUGAGUGGACAAUAUGUUUCCCUACAUAUCCGUCUCUCUAUAGAAGAUUUCACGUAAUUUUUCUGCACAGUCCGUCGGCCCCACGGGCUUCCUGGUAGUGCAUAAUUUUAGCAGCACUGAAUCAAUGUUACUGAAUCAAUGCUGCUGGAAUUAUGUACUCCCAGAAGGCCGUGAGGCUGAUUGGUUGUGUAAAAAAAGAAAACUUGCAUUUUUUUUACGUGGAGAUAGAGAUAUAUAAAGGAGACAUACUGUCUAAUUAAAAGUGCAAGGCUUUGGUAAAUAAUUAGAGCUAGUGUAUGCAAUUUACGAGGCCAUGCUUGUGUGCAUAUCCAUGGUUUAAUGGUCAUUUGUUACUCUUAUUAGCUAAAAAAAAUUUUAAUCGUAAAAUAAAAACUCGAUAUUUAUUGGUUUCUAAACAUUUGUCAAGCAACGUCAAACGGGACGUACACAUUUUGACAGCUGUCUUUUUUAAAACACUCUGUUCUUGAUUAACGGUAUAUUUCUCCUAUUUAAACACUGAUAACACAGUCACUCAAAUAGUGUGCUUUACAAUUUGCUUUAAAACAAUGUUUUUUUUUUACAACCAUUUCAAAUAACACAAUGGAUAGGCACAUCAUUGUAAUAUAAUUAAUUAUAAGUUCAUAUAUAACUGAAUUAGCUGAAACGUGCAAAUCUAUAAAAACUAAAAUCUGGAUAAAACAAAUAUACCAAAACAAACACACAAUUUGGAGUUGGCUUUGGUGGGGCGCUACACGUAGCUUUAAUACGGAAAUAUGUAGGUUGUGUUUCUGGAUUACAAAAGUGGAUAACAGCAACAGCGAUUACAUUCAUGAAUGACCCACUUCUUGUGAAAUGAGACGGGAUCAUGCAGAAAGUAGAGUUCGGAGCUGUUUCUGUGAAGUUAAACUGCUCUCGUUAGAUGCACGAAUUUAUGUUCUGUCCACUCCAAUUUCCUUUCACUUGCAAAACGACUCGAAGGUCCAAUGGCCUAAGCAGUUUUUUCUUUAAAACAGACUUGAAGAUUAGCCAGGAUUUCCUCAGUAAAGAUAAAAAAAACUCUCUCUAUAUAUGUAAAUCUGGAAUAUGUAGCACAUACAGCAUUCUUCCUUUUUACAUCUUAGACAUUAUAUUAUUGGUUCUUUCGGUAAAGUCACAUCGAAGAAUAUGAAUCCCUGCAGUCACGAAAGCUUUCAAUCUAAAUCUUAUACAUUACUGUAUAUAUGCUGGUGCAGAGCAGAAACACAAGACCAUUUUUUUUGUAAUGGAAUAAGUCUCGAGAUAUGUUUAAGUGGUUAUUUUAAAAUGGUGUGUUGCAACAUUUUCCGUCGUCAUACAUUGGCAUGUCUGAUACUCUCCCAAUUAUAAGGCGCAUAUUUUUCCCCUGUAUUUUUUUUACCAAAAGUUGCAAGUGAAUCAGAUAAUCCUGUAGGUGUAUGCGUGUGUGUUUGUAUGUGUGUACAGGACCAGAUUUGUUUUUAAAACUUUAUUAACACCGAGCACAAAGCCUGGGUGCAUUUUACUUUCAAGUGAGUGUGUCUUAUAAUCCGGAGAAUAUGUUAGUUCCACUACAAAAUUACAAUUAUGAGAUUUUAGCAAUAUUCAUAAUAAUAUAAUAUGGCUGUUUUAUUAUAUUAUUUUCUUCAAUAAAAUAAUUUGAACCGCUACACUUUCAUUCAAAUGCAUCACCAGAUAUCCUUCCAGACCGCUAUAUGUUAAAAUGAAAGAAACACCGACAUUUUUGGCACAAAAUUUAUUUUUUCUGUGACGUUAACAGUAUUUUUGUUCUUGUUAUUUUAGCGUGUUGUGCUACGAUGUGAUACGAUUUUUUUGUAUCUAUAUAAGUAUGUUAAUGCCUUACAAACACUGUCCCACAAUGCUCAAUAAUGGUGCCUUGUCAUAGGCAUGAAAACAUGUAGACUGUAAAUACCUAAACUUACACCGGAUUAGAAAUUAACAGUGAUGUGUUAUCAUAUGAAUCUUUUGCAGUGUUUGAGAUAGUAUUUUGAAAUGUAGAAUUGGUACUGACACAAGAAAAACGCUCUAAUUAACCAUUAUGAGUGGGGCUUUGUUUUAAUUGGCAUUAUACUGAAGAUAUCGGACCUUAUUCAUGGUGUGGCGAUAAGUAAUUUUCCACCAAUAUUCGGUGGUAAAUUCGCCAACUGUGUGAAAAAUUGCAGAGAUAUGGCCACCUACAUUUUUGGAUAUUUGCUGACGAAUUUUCAGUCGAAAAUACCUUAUCGGCAAAUUAAUAAGUAAACUUAAUUUUAUGCAAACUCGUGUACGUGAUAUCCACACAAAUAAAUCAAUAUUUGUUUGUAUGAUGUAAAACUGACCGGAGUGAUAUGUUUUGAACCAUCACAGGUUUAAUCAGAGACCCAAGUUUAAACAAAUUGGAAAUCUAGGGAUUUUUUUCUUCUUUUAUUAUUACCCAGUAAAGGCUUAUCUAAACCAAAAAAAACAGCCUGCUAUAUUUUUCAUAGAGUAGUGUAAAUUGUGUUAGCAUUUAUAUAUGAAUAUAACUUUUCAUUUAAAAUACCAUGACAAUCUUUGAGAGGAAAUGUUGGUUUAUUUUUAUAUGAAUAUAACACUACUUAAUCAAGGAGCAUGGAGAGUUUUUAAUACAUUGGCUAAUCGUGACUGAAAAUGCCACCCAGGCUAUUUAAGUUCAACACUUCAAUUGUAAACCUUUGAAUUGGCUGUUCAUUUCAGCUUUGAGCGAAAAGUCAGGCAAGCAUCAUAGUUGAAAUAAACAAUCUUUCUUGAACAUAGGUGACGGCUGAAUUAUACUGCAUUCGUGAAAGUUGAGAAAUAAGUCACUUUAACUUUUACUUGUCGUUAAAUUAAGUUCACGUCUGCUUUAUUUCGUUUUCUCUCUCUCUCUUUCAUGAGGCCAACAAUUUAGAGGCACUUACAGAUUGCCAGCCAGCACUUUUCCAACUUUAAAAUAAGUUUUCUCUUGAUGUCUUGGAAAGUAUCAUUGUAGCUGUGAUGGUGGCAGUGGGAAUUUAAUAGCACAUCGACAUCACAAAACGAGACCAAAGGCCUCAACAAAUAUCAGUCAGAAACAUGAUACGGUGUACACACACAACAUUAUAAAUACUAUGGGUUGCCUUUUGUGCAGUCUUGUAUAAUAAUGGAAUUGUUUAAAACAAUGGUAAAAAUGGGAUUCUUGUUCACAUGCCUAUUGUACAAAUGAAAGCCACUUUUUGGCAUAAUCGAUCUUACACACAGAUGCGUGUAAUUUUUUUUGGUCAUGUGUACGCUAGAUUCUCAUAGUAUCCAGUUCAACAACACAGGUCUGUGCUGUUAUCGAUUAUAGUUACAGAGGUGUACGUUGCUGUACAUGUAUACCACUGUUACAUGUAUUGUAUUAUAAAACUUCACGUGUCAUAGAAAGCUGUUGAACUGGCAAAUACGCUGCUUUAAAAAUGCAUGUUCAAUUUUUAAUAUUUUUUCUGUUUCCAUAAGUAUUGUAAGUAAUCAUCAAAGGUACCAUUAAAGUGGACAUAUAGAUGCAAACUUGCUGUUAAUAUAAAGACCAGUUACUGCCAACAAUGCUGUAAAAUUUUGUCAAAAUAAAGUUUGUUUUUUAAAUAAACAAAUU